AUGUUACACGAACAAUACGAACCAACAUUAAUCCUUGAUAAUGAACAACAUUUAUUCAUUCGUUUAUUUAAAACAAAUGAUUUAAAUAGAAAAAAAAUUCGUCCAUUUCGAAUUUUAAGCGGUUCAUUGCAUUAUUUUCGUGUUUUACCACAAUUGUGGUCUGAUCGUAUUGAAAAAAUGAAAAAAGCUGGUUUAAAUACUAUUGAAACAUAUAUUCCAUGGAAUUUACAUGAACCAGAAAUGGGAAAUUAUAAAUUUAAUGAAGGCUUAACUGAUUUAGUUAGCUUUUUAAAAUUAGUUCAUCAACAUGAAAUGUUUACAAUAAUUCGUCCAUCAGGCUAUAUUUGUGCUGAAUGGGAAUGGGGUGGUUUGCCUAGUUGGUUAUUACAAGAUGAUCAAAUGCGUAUUCGUACAACACAUCCAAAUUUUAUUAAAGCAUUGAAAAAUUAUUAUUCAGUUUUAUUACCUAUUUUAUCUGAACAUCAAUAUAAUCGACAUGGACAAGGUUCUAUAAUUGCAUUUCAAAUUGAAAAUGAAUAUGGAAGUUAUGGUGACGAUAAAAAUUACCUCGAAGCGAUACGUUCGAUGUAUAUUGAGAAUGAUCUUAAUGAAUUGUUUUUUACAUCAGAUGGUAGACAUGAUUUUUCGAAAGGUUCAUUAGAUGAUGUAUGGGCAACAGUUAAUUUUCAAAGACAUGUUAAAGAAAAUAUUGAAAAAUUAGUUGAAUUUCGUCCAAAUCAUCAUAUUAUGAUAACUGAAUAUUGGACUGGUUGGUUUGAUUAUUGGGGUGGAAAACAUCAGACAGGUCAAAAUGGUGAAUACACAGCAAAAGAACUUGAAAAAGAUCUUGAAGAAAUUUUACUUAAUUCAAAAUAUGAAAUAUCAAUUAAUUUUUAUAUGUUUUUUGGUGGUACAAAUUUUGGUUUUACAAGUGGUGGACAUCAUUUUCCAUCAGCAAAGUAUGCACCACUUGUUACGUCAUAUGAUUAUGAUGCACCAUUAAAUGAAUCAGGUGAUCCAACAGAAAAAUAUUUUGUUAUACAAAAUAUUAUUAAAAAUUUCUAUGAGCAAAAUCCACACUUAAUUAUUUAUAAUCAUGAACGUGUGACUGAUGAUAUAUUUGAAGUUGUUCAACCUAAAAUAUCAAAAAAAGUUUCGUAUGGAAAAAUAAAUAUAUUUGGUUAUAAAACAUUUGAACAAAUACUUAAUGAUGAUAUUUUAGCAAAUAAAUAUCAUGUUCAUGAUGGUCCUUUAAAUAUGGAACAAAUAAAAAGUGACAAUAAAACAAUUGGUGCAUCACAAGGUUUUAUUAUUUAUUCAAGUGAUAAUAUUCAAAAUUUAUUAAAACAAAAUGAAGAAAAUUAUAUUGUAAUACCUGCUGUUGCAGAUAAUGCUAUUGUACUUGCUAAUGGAAAAGUUAUACAUAAAUCUUUACAUACAGACAAUUCAUUUCGAUUUACUGUACCAUCAGAUACAUCUAAUUUAAGAAUUAUUGUAGAAAAUAUGGGACGUAUUAAUUAUGGUCCUACACUUGAUCAUAGUCGAAAAGGCAUUUUAGAUAAAGUAUUAUUUAAUAAUAAAAUUGAAUUAAAAGAAUGGACAGUACAUGUAUUAGGAUUUCGUCAAGGCAUGUCAAGUAUUACAGAUUGGAAUAAAUUAAUAAUUGAUGACAAAGAUACUAAUGAAAUCAAUGAUCUUAAAAAUGGUCCACAAUUAUUUAAUGUACCAUUUGAAAUUGAAAAUGAAAAUUCAAUACACGAUACAUAUUUAGCAUUCAAUGGUCAAUGGUCUAAAGGUGUUGCAUUUGUAAAUGGAUUUAAUAUAGGAAGAUAUUGGAGUAUUGGACCACAACUUACAUUAUAUAUUCCAAAAGAAUUAUUAUUUAAAGGUUUUAAUCAAAUACAAUUAUUUGAAUUGUAUACAUAUGGAAAAUCUAUCGAACUUGUCGAUAUACCUGUGAUCAAUGCGUGA